AUGGAUACUCAAAACAAAUGCAUAGCCCUCAUUUGUUGGGCUCAAAAGAUGAUUUUUGGUAGUUUGCAUGCUGAAGAAGCAGAAGCUAGAGUUGAGUGGCGUGAUGUGCAAUCAGCCUUCCAAAAUCGAAUCAGGACAGGUGUGGUUGUUAACAUAAAACAUGUGGAUAUAUUGAGUUUUUUUAAUGAUGCACUGAAGCUCUUCAAAGAUAAGACACAAGCAUGUUUAGAAGAAUAUAAUGUGGUGAAAAUCAAUUCGGAUUUUAUUUCAGAAUUUACAAUGCAAAAAAAUGGUGAAGAAACGACAGAUAUUAAAUAUUUUACGAGUGAGAGUGCUACAGUAUACAUGUCAACAGAUUUAGAGAAAUGGUUUACAGACAAUAUUAAAGAGCCCAUUCUUUCGCAAUUAGAAGAAUUUCAAGAAAAGGAUUCAGGCUGGACACUGAAGAUAAAUGUAUACAUGCUUAGAAAGUAUGGCCACAAAUUCGAAGUAACACCUUGUCAUAUUACGACAGAGAAGAAGGAAAAACAUGCAAACCUUCUCAUCAUUCAAGAUUUUUAUAUAGAUGAGCAUGAAGAAAAUAAUCGUGCUGAUGAAGGUGACAUGCCUAAAUAUCAUUACGUUUGGAUAAAAAAUUACAGUAAGAGUGAAAAGGUUCCUUUUGUUAUUUAUGCGGAUUUUGAAUGUUUAUUGAAACCUACUGAGAAUGAGAAUGCUUUCCAACUUCACGAAGCAUACAGCAUAGGAUACUUCAUAAAAUGCAGUUUUGAUGAUAGCUUAUCUGGCUAUAGAUCAUACAGAAGAAAAAAUGAAGAAGAAGAGACAGCUGCAGCAUGGUUUGUUCAAGAAUUAAAGUCAAUUGGUGAAAAAAUUGACGUACUCUACAAGAAUCCAAAACCAAUGAGACUUACAGAUUUAGAGGAAAUAUCUUUUCGGAGAUCAUCAACUUGUCAUAUAUGUCGGAAACCAUUCACUAGUGAAGAACUUGCUGUACGAGACCAUUGUCAUCUCACAGGGCGUUUCAGAGGUGCAACUCACAAUUCUUGUAAUUUGGAUUAUAAGGAUUCAAGAUUCAUUCCUGUGGUUUUUCAUAACCUCAAUUACGACACUCAUUUUAUUUUAAAGGAGAUUGCUACUUCUACGUUGAUGAGAGGACGAAUUCAUAGAUUCUUGGCGUUUUCUACCUUCAUCAUUGGAAAAGCUUGCAUCAUAUCUGAAAAAGUACCAAUAGCAGUAAAGGAAUUUCGAUCAGAUGGACUUACAGAUGAAAAGAUAGAUCUCCUUCGACGAAAAGGUGUAUUUCCAUAUGAUUUUGUAAAUGGAUUAGAUAAGUUGACGACUACAAAAUUGCCAGAAAAGAAUGAUUUUUAUAAUAAGCUAACAGAUUCUCAAAUUGCUGAAGAAGACUAUAAGCAUGCUGUCCAAGUUUGGAAUAAGUUCAAUAUUAGUACGUUGGGAGAAUAUUCAGAUCUUUAUCUGAAAACUGAUGUUUUACUAUUGGCCGAUGUUUUCGAGAGUUUUCGAGAAACAUCUCUUAAAGCCUAUGAUUUAUGUCCCGCUCACUUUUAUACGACUCCUGGACUAACUUUUUCAGCAGCUUUAAAAAUGACAAAGGUAGAAUUGGAGCUUCUUACAGAUAUUGACAUGCUAAUGUUUAUCGAAUCGGGCAUUCGAGGUGGAAUAAGUCAGUGUUGUAAUCGAUAUGCCAAGGCAAAUAAUCCAUAUAUGGGUUCUUCAUACGAUAAGGAUCAGAAAACAAAGACUCUCUUAUAUUUUGAUAUCAACAAUCUUUAUGGAUGGGCAAUGGUACAGCCUUUACCAGUUGGAAAAUUUGAAUGGAUUGAUUAUGAGAAAAAUCCAAGUUUUUUCAAUACACCACCAGAUUCUGAUAUAGGCUAUUUUGCUGAAGUUGACUUGGAGUAUCCUGAAGAAAUACAUGAUGAUCAUAGGGAUUUACCUUUUUGCGCAGAACAUCUUGCACCACCUGGUUCAAAGCAGAAGAAACUUCUCACGACUUUGAAUGACAAGAAAAGGUAUGUCAUUCAUUAUCGAGCACUUAAGCAGGUCUUAGAUAAUGGACUUCGAUUAAAAAAGGUGCAUAGGAUUUUGAGUUUUGAGCAGAGGGCGUGGCUCAAACCAUAUGUUGAAUUUAACACAGAAAAGCGAAAGCAAGCAAAGAAUGAGUUUGAAAAACUCUUCUACAAAUUGUUAAUUAAUGCAGUCUAUGGAAAGUGUAUUGAACGAGAGCGGAAACGUGUAGAUGUGCGAUUAGUAAAUAAAUUUACAGGCAGAUACGGAGCAGAAGCACGCAUAGCUCUACCAAAUUUUCACAGUUGUGCAAUCUUCGAUGAAAAUUUGGUUGCCAUACAGCUGAAGAGGACAAGUAUUACAAUCAAAAAACCAAUAUACGUUGGUCUCUCAAUUCUAGAUUUGUCAAAAACAUUAGUAUAUGAUUUUCAUUAUUCAUAUAUGAAAAAGCGAGUUGGAGAAAAAUGCGAACUCCUGUAUACGGAUACUGAUAGUUUAAUAUAUGAAGUUGAGGAUAUAGAUAUGUAUCAAAUAAUGAAAGAAGAUGUACAUAAAUUUGAUACUUCUGAUUAUGAUGAAAAUAAUCAGUUUGGAAUUCCACGUGUUAAUAAAAAAGUUCCUGGAUUGAUGAAAGACGAAUGCUGUGGUAAGAUUAUGACAGAAUUCAUUGGUUUAAGAAGCAAAAUGUACAGUAUUUUGAUUAAUGGAGCCGCGACAGUGAAAAAAGCUAAAGGUAUAAAAUCUAGUGUUGUAAAAAAAUCAAUCACGUUUGAAGAUUAUCGAAAAUGCCUUCAGGAUCUUGUUAUUAUAAAACGUGAGCAGUGUAAUAUUCGUUCAAAAUUACACAUUGUGCAUACUGAAAAACAGGAAAAAAUUGCUCUAAGUCCACACGAUGAUAAAAGAUUCUUAUUGCCUCAUAGUACUGACACUUUGCCUUGGGGACAUUACAAAAUUAUGGAAGAACAGAUGGCGCAAGCUGCUAUGCAAGUAGAGGGAGAUGCGGUGGAGGGGAUUGUGGUGGAGGAGAGGGGCAACAAUGGCGAAGGACGAAAAAGAGAGGGAGAAAAGGAGUUUAUGCACGAGUGGGAUCCAUCAUUGGAUAGGUUAGGAACUGAACAAGGAGUGAGAAAUGAUAUAUUACUAGAGGCUAUGGAAGGGGCAGAAAUUGUGGUGGAACGGGCUAUAUGA